AUCUCUACCAACUCUUAGCAGCAAAAACAAUAUUCCUAUUGGCCGUAAUUUGUUGGCCACAACUGUGCUUCAAGAAGCAAGCUGGUUUUAUAUCCGUGUGCAUACAACAUAUCCGCUUGUUACAGGCCACGAGCUUAGACUACACCUAGUAAUCUUAAAUAGUUAAACAAUUAAAUGCUGCCUAUCACAACAAAGUGAUAAUAUGAAUCAGGGCAUUUAAAACGAAUCGUAGUGAUUAGUUAGCGAUCAGCAUUCGAGAAAUACAAAUUUCCCAAGCGCGACUUGGAAUUUCGUAUGUGUGUCCCAGCCUUUGCGUGUGUGGGUGUUUUGGAAUGUGGCCCUGCACGAAAUUCAAAUAGUGACCAUCCUUGAGAUUUUCACAUUGGCGAAAUGGACGAGCAUACGUUGAACGACCUGUUGGAGUGCUCGGUAUGCCUGGAGCGACUGGACACCACAUCGAAGGUACUGCCGUGCCAGCACACCUUCUGCCGCAAGUGCUUGCAGGACAUUGUGGCCAGCCAACACAAGCUGCGCUGCCCAGAAUGCCGCAUCCUGGUCUCCUCCAAAAUCGAUGAACUGCCCCCCAACGUCUUGCUGAUGCGAAUAUUGGAAGGCAUGAAACAAACUGCAGCAGCUGGAAAAGGCGAUAGCAAGGAGGAGGAGGCUGAACCGCAGCCGGAAAAGCUCAAAACUCAGCCUUUAGUGGAACCAGUGGCCCCGACUGGCAAUCAGCUUCUCCAGUCGCAGUCACAUCAGCAAUCUCAACAGCCGACACGCCACAAGCAGCGCCGCUUUUUACUCCCUCACGCAUAUGCACUUUUCGACUUCGCCUCCAGCGAAGCCACCGAUUUGAAGUUCAAGAAGGGGGAUCUAAUAUUGCUCAAGCACCGAAUCGACAACAACUGGUUUGUCGGACAGGCAAAUGGCCAGGAGGGAACCUUUCCCAUCAACUAUGUGAAGGUAUCGGUGCCGCUCCCCAUGCCGCAGUGCAUCGCCAUGUACGACUUCAAGAUGGGACCGAACGACGAAGAGGGGUGCCUGGAAUUCAAGAAGAGCACUGUUAUCCAUGUCAUGCGCCGCGUGGAUCACAAUUGGGCAGAGGGACGUAUUGGCCAGACCAUUGGAAUUUUUCCCAUAGCAUUCGUCGAGCUAAACGCAGCAGCAAAGAAGCUGCUGGACAGCGGGGUCAUCAACCAUCCUCCGUGCCAACCACCGCAGCAGCAAGCGCAGCGUGCGCUUCCUCCGGUGCCAGUAAUUGAUCCCACCGUGGUCACGGAGUCCAGUUCCGGAUCGUCAAACACCACGCCGGCUAGCAGCAAUUCUAGCUCCACGUCCAGCUCGAACAAUUGCAGUCCGAAUCACCAGUCCUCGCUGCCGAAUACCCCUCAGCAUGUGGUUGCUUCUGGUUCGGCAUCGGUUCGUUUCCGGGACAAAGGAGCCAAAGAGAAGCGACAUUCACUGAAUGCUUUACUGGGAGGAGGAGCUCCUUUGAGUCUGUUGCAGACCAAUCGCCAUUCGGCUGAGAUUCUCAGCCUGCCGCAUGAGCUGAGCCGCCUGGAGGUGGCGAACUCUCCGGCCCCCAAACCCACAUCCGUAUCGCAAUCAGCGCGAGUUCUUAAGACGAAUGUGCAACAGCAGAUGCCCCCCAAUUUGCCCUGGGGUUACUUGGCCUUGUUCCCUUACAAGCCACGCCAAACGGAUGAGCUGGAGCUAAAGAAGGGCUGCGUUUACAUUGUGAUUGAACGGUGUGUGGACGGUUGGUUUAAGGGAAAAAACUGGUUAGACAUCACCGGGGUGUUUCCGGGCAACUACCUAACGCCCUUGCGCACCCGCGACCAGCAGCAGUUGAUGCACCAGUGGAAAUAUGUUCCCCAAAGCUCGGAGGCCCAGCAGGCGCACCCACAGCAGCUACCAGUUGCCCCAGACGUCCGGCUCAACAAUAUGCUACCGAUGCAGCCACCGGAUUUGCCGCCCCGUCAGCAACAGGCCAUCGCCACGACCACCAGUUGCUCCGUUUGGACGAAUCCGGUGGAGGCAUUGUUUAGCAGAAAGUCGGAACCUAAGCCUGAAACUACUACGGCCUCUGCCACGAGCAGCAGUUCCUCGGGGGCAGUGGGACUUAUGCGGCGAUUGACUCAUAUGAAAACACGCUCCAAGUCCCCAGGAGCUUCGCUACAGCAAGCUCAGAAAGAAGUUACCAGUCCUAGCGUUGAAGCCACAAAUAAACCACAAGUUAAAAUGCACCCAGUACAUGUUAGAUCCGGUUCGUGCCCCAGUCAACUGCAGCAUAGUCAACCGAUUAAUGAAACUCCCACAACGAAGGCAGCGCCACAACAGCAGCAGUUUCUGCCAAAGCAACUGCCUGCUGCCACCAACAGCAGCGUUUCAUACGGAUCGCAACGUGUAAAAGGAAACAAGGAUCGUCCUCACUUGAUUUGCGCAAGACAAUCCUUGGAUCCAGCCACGUUUCGCAACAUUUACAGCAAUGCCGCGUCGCCUCCGCCGCCUGCUUCCUCGGUAGCUCCAGUCAUCUAUGCAGGAGGACAGCAACAGGCGCUGCCUGGAGGAGGAACGCAAUCACAGUUGCAUGCCAACAUGAUCAUUGCACCCAGCCAUCGGAAGUCUCACAGCCUUGAUGCGGGUCAUGUGCUGAGUCCCAGCAGCAAUGUAAUUACUGAGGCGGCCAUCAAGGCCAGUGCCACCACCAAGUCAGCUUACUGCACAAGGGAAAGUCGAUUCCGCUGCAUUGUGCCGUAUCCACCAAACAGUGACAUCGAACUGGAGUUGCAUUUGGGAGAUAUUAUCUAUGUGCAGCGCAAGCAGAAAAACGGCUGGUACAAGGGCACCCAUGCGCGCACCCACAAAACAGGACUGUUUCCCGCAUCCUUUGUCGAACCGGAUUCCUAGGUGGCCUCCGGAGUCGGGAUAACUAAAACUUAUUAAGCGAAAUUCCAAAUUAUUCUUUUAAAUGGUUUCAAUCGCCGGUCGAUUCGGGCUUCCAAUUUUCAAUCUCCUACUACUCUUUUUAAAAAAGAAACUGUUUUGUACUUAUCCACUCGAUGGCACAGCUCGCCAAUGUACUUUUUACACAAUCCAUAAUCAAAAUAGGCUAGCCAUGUAAGUCUUAAGGACAUGUUACUUAAGCCCUAGCAAUAAGUUAGCUAGAGAAAAAACUAACCGAUUCUUGUGCUCUCUACGAAGUUAUUUGUAAAAUACGAUUUUCAGUAAUACCCA